AUGGCCAGUUUGAAAGUUAGGAGUAUAUAUCGGAUCUUUUUCGUUGUGGAGGGCAUCUCCAGCCCCAUCGCUGCGCAGCUGUUCGACUUCUGCGACGACGACGGCGGCGGAGCCGCCGGCGAGCUUUUCGGCCGCUCUGAUCACCAUCAUAACCAAUCCCUCCUCCCUACCUACGAGGACGUCUCCUCAUCCUCGUCCUCAUCCGCAGCCAGAACCGCCACCGCGGCCAAUACGUCUCUCUGCUGCUACCCCGGCGACGCCGCCCCAUUCUCCCCCUUUCCCUCCCUGUACGCCCUACUUGACGCACCUCCACCGCCCCCCGACCCCGAGCCCGACCUCGCCCAGUGUCGUUCCUCGUCCUCGUCAUCAAACCCCCCUCCUCCUCCUCCUCCUCCUCCUCCUCCUCCCCCGGCACUGUUCCCGGUCUCGCCCACGCCGCCGUACGUCGGGGACCCGUUCGACCACAUCCUGCUGACGGAGGCCAUCCCCGCUGGGUACUCAAUCGACCGCGGCACAGUGGUCUCGGUGCCGGCGGCUGGGGGGCCACCGAGCCGGCUGCAGCACCCGCAGACGGCGUACGAGGAGCAGCGCUACGCAGCGGCGGUGGCGAUGCAGCAACCGCCGGAGCUGGCGGGGCUGGAGGCGCCACCGUGCGGGUUUCUCGAAGGCGUUGGCAUGGGCGCGGCGCUGUAUGGCGGUGGCAGAGGCGAGACGCAGGGUUUCUUCGGGAUGGCGGCGGUGGGACCGGACGCGGGGCUUGCGGGCGUGAGCGACAUGGCAGAGGGCGGAGGCCUGUGCUCGUUCGGGCAGGACGCUUUGCCUCGCUUGUACGGCUCCGGCGACUCGCAGGUAAUUGGCGGAGGCAACCAGCUUCUAAUGGUUGGAUGCAGCGGCAAUGCGUUGCCGCUGCCGGCAUCCGACAUGUCACCCUUGGACGAAUCCACCUACAAGGUCGGCCGCUUGUCAGUGGAAGAGAGGAAGGAGAAGAUUCACAGGUACAUGAAGAAGAGGAACGAAAGAAACUUCAGCAAGAAGAUCAAGGCAAGUAGCAACUGUUUCAUGCAACAGAAGUGA